AUGUCUAGGGCCAUGUUCGGUACGCACUCUCCACUCGUCUGUAGCGCCGCUGCUAGCCUUGCUGGACACGCCCUGCCGCCCUGCGACGCUUGUCAACAACAGGACUUGGCAUGCAGACAUGUCUCAAACGACUCGACGCGCUGUAGCGAAUGCGUAAUGCAUGGUCUACAAUGCGGCUCUCAGGAAAGAGACAAUAUCUGUGCCGAACGGGAGCGGUUGAGGGUGGAGCACCUCGUUGCCCUGGAGACUGCUGCCCUAGGUAUUGCCAAGAUGCAGUCGAUUAAACGCCAGCAAGAGCGGUUCGAGGCGCGGGUGAUCGAGAUGCUGCACCGCGGACUGCACACGCUGGCAGCGCUAGAAGAGAUCGAGCGAGAGGAAGAGCGGGAACGAAAGUUGGCGGAAUCCUUUGUGCAAGAAAAUGGACGGGGAAAGAGACAAUCGGGGCGUAAGCGCAAGCGUAAUGAUGGACCUGCCACUUCCACGGCGCAAUCAAGCCUGAACCUCUCGCAAGCUGGCCCUGGCUCUUCUACAAAAGUUCAAUCUCCUAUAAAAACUGGAGCAACACUUGGCUCUGCAGAGCAUUCUCCGGAACAGAUCCCAUGUCUUGGGUCACUCGACAUCCCCUUCACUCCUUGCGGCCUGGUCUCUGACUCCCCAUUUUCCUGGAAUGGUAUCGAUUUCGGAGGACUUGUUGUUGAGCAACACUCUGCUUAGUUUCGGCGCAUCGUCGUGUCUUCUCGUUGGGGCAGCUACCGCAGUGUGCCGGUUCCGUUCGCCCUUGGAAUGAUGACCAUCUGAUUUGGCUUCUGGUAGCUCUCACAACUUCCUGCUUAGCUAAGAAGAAGAGAUAUACUCCCGUCGUG